UUUACAUUCCCCCCACCCACCCAUUUUGUUGAUGACGCUCAUUGCCUCAACAAAGAAAAGGGUUCUCUUAGGUAUUUUGUGUUUCCUCUUCUACAAUGAAAAUGCUAUAUUGUCUUAGAAUGAAAACCUUCAUGAAUUAUUUAUAGCUUGAAAAAACUGAGGAAAUGUCAUGGAAAGUUUAGAUGGUAUUGGUAUGUAGAAUUAGUUGAGCUUGGAGUCGAGAUAAAACUGGUAGCUUUUGAGAGAUUCCUUUUAAGCUGGAUUGUUUUUCCCAGAAUCAUCUUCUUCCCUUGAAAUACUUUGCAAUGACAGCGUAAGUUUAACAUACUAACUCCUGAACUUAGUUUAUAGUUUUUGGUUGGAGAAAUGUGGGCCAAGACUUCAAAGAUAUUCUUUGAACAAAAAUAAGAAGAACGCUGAUUUUCACUAUUGAAACUCGAAGUGUCAACCCUUCAAUUGACACAUUUCGAUGUAUGGAUAUCCAAUCAUCCAUUCAAGACCAUGUUAUAAUCUGAAGUAUCAGGAAAAAGCUGCAGAUAGCUAUUGUUUGAUGUUGGCAAAAGGUUAUCUCUUGCUAGAUGCUUUAGAACAGUAAAAGAGUAUUUGCAACACAGCUAGACAAGAAGGAAAUAAAUCAACAUGAAUUAUAGCUAACAUGUAGAAAUGAUUCGUGUAUUAGAGCUCAAGAUCUUGGUUUAUGAGAACAAAACUUGAACAAAGACUGCUCAAGUCUCAAGUCCCUCUUUGAUGUCUUGCUCAAACACUUCUUAUUGAUGGGUCGUCUGCCAUUUAAAUGUGAUGUUAGGGGAAAUGGAGCUGUUGUGUGCAGUGACUAAGGAGUUGCCACUCUCAGUUAUGCACUACACAACGAAAUAGAGUGCAUCAGGGGGGAAAAAGGGAUAUUUUAUCGUAUUUGCUGGUUUCUGCUUUAGGGUACAAGGACAGCAUCAUGCUGCAAGCAUCUGCUCCUUCUCCUAUAUAGGGUGUCUCAGAGGUGGUGCAGUUGGUGGGUUGAUAAUGAUGUUUAAAUGUCUAUCCAAUGUUCCUUCUCUACUGAGUGCAGGGUCACAGGAACACUAGCCAACAAUAUGGACAAGAGAUCAUAAAUGGAAAGAAGGAAGGAAGCAUGCCAAACAAUAAGUUUAUUUGUUCCAUAUGUGGUGCAGUCAGGGUUUCUAAAGGCGUGAGAGAUUUACCAGGAAACUUCCAGUCUGCCACUAGUAAUGUUCCUUCCGGCAAAUCGCUCGUGUACUUUGGUUUGUUUCUGGCAAGUGGGAUAUUCUUCAUUUUCAUAGCAUUUACAUUGUUCCUGCCCGUAAUGGUGGUUAUGCCCCAGAAGUUUGCUAUUUGCUUUACACUUGGAUGUGGAUUUAUUAUUGGAUCAUUCUUUGCUCUCAAGGGUCCAAAGAAUCAGCUUGCUCACAUGCUGUCGAAGGAGAGGCUUCCUUUCACAUUGGCUUUUAUAGGCAGUAUGAUUGGUACCAUAUAUGUAUCAAUGGUGCGCCAUAGCUAUGUUCUUUCUGUGAUGUUCUCCGUUAUACAGGUUCUGUCACUUGGAUACUAUGCUAUAUCAUAUUUUCCUGGUGGAUCUGCUGGAAUGAGAUUUCUGACUUCUGCUUUUACCUCUUCAAUAAUGAGAUGUUUUGGGAGGUGACACUGUUUUGGUUAAAUGGUAGUGAUUGAGUGAGUGAGGUGAAAGAUCAUUGUCUAUAUGGUUAGCUGACUUGUAAAUUUUGUCUCUUGAGAUCUAGAGGUUAAAGCUUUGAAGUUUAAACUGAACUAAGAAUACUGCUGAGAUGAAGCAUCAUCUAACAUUUUCCCUCUGAAUGGGGGAAAAAAUUGAUUUGCCUCUUAAUUAGCCUCAACUUUCAUAUUGCAAAUUAACUUCAGCUGAUAAUAUUGCUUUUUCUUCCUCUUCCCACUUUUAUGCAGAAUGGAAUUUAAUUGUAUCCUUCUUACACUUUUA